GCCGCUCACUUCAGUUCUCGGCUGAUUUUUGCCAACUUCUGGGCCCUCGGGUUCCGUCCCCGUGCAGCCCUUUUAACUUGUUGCUGUAAUACUGCGCCCCGCGCCCUUUGGAGCAGCCGGCGAGCGAGGGCGGUGUCUUCCUGCGUGGCUCGUGAGCCUGCGCAGAUCGCUCGAGCGAGCGCAGCCGCAGCCGCAGCGGGGACUGUGACGGAGCGGAUGGAGCGGGAGCCGGGGGCUGUGGGGCCCGCGCGGGCGCUGGAACCGCUGCGGCACCUCCGCGAAGCGCUGCGGGCGGCGCUGUCCCGGAUCCGAGAAGGGGAGUCGCGGGAGAGCAGCGAGACCUUCGAGCAGCAGCGCUUCUGGGACACGCUAGGUCAGACGUUCAAAGCGACAUCCCAGGAAGCUACGAAGUUGAGUCUGGCAUUCUCAAGGCCUCCGCUGCCUUCUGCAGAGGACUGUCAGAAACUGAGUGAUGGUGUCCAGAAUGCUGUCCUGGCAGCUGCCGCAGUGUAUUACUGGCUUCCCAAGGACCAAGGUACCACUCUGCGGAAGAUGGUGCGAGAUGCCACUGCCGAGGUAGUGGCAGGAAUGAUCCAGCUCACAGACAUGAUUCUCAGUACUCCACUGCAGAGUUUGUCUCAGGAGCAGCUUAUAUCAACUGGUAGCAUAUGGGAGGCAUGUGAGCAGAUUUCCCAUCUGCCACAAGAUAACCAGGCAGCAGUCCUGUCAGCCAUGUCCGCCUAUCUGGGUGUGGUCAGGGAUGCGGUGGAGGAAAUGGAGCAGGCUCAGGGGGAAGAUCAGGACCCCUACAGUGACAUCAUGGAGGAUGAGGAGCUGGGCUCUCGGGGCAAUAGGGACACCUACUGGUCUGAGGCUGACCGAAAGAUACUUGGCCCCUGCAUGGGGCUGAUGAAGGCAUCCAAAGCCUGCCUGAAGAAGCUCUUGGGUGCAGUGAAGGUUCAUGGCAAAGCAGACACCCCAGAACAGGUGGCUCAGCUAGAUGAUCUUGCAGACAUCACCAAUGAGAUCAGCCCGAGUGUUGAUGAACUGGCAUUGAGCAUGUAUCCACCCAUGAACCAGCUGGCUGUGCGACUCAAUGCUGCCAAACUGGCCUCUGUAUUAAAGAAAGUCCUAGAAAUUACAAAGGCAAGCCAUGUGUGUGCCCCAUCAGAGGAAGGCUGGGUUCAGUUUCUCACUGUUGCAGUAGAUCACAACAUGGACAAAAUUAAGGACUUCACGCAGAGUGAACUUUAAUGCUUCUGCGGCCAGGGUCUCUAACAGCUGCCUUUCUGGUGCAUCUGGUCAUUCCCUGAAUAUAGGGAGAGCAAUGGGGUUGGUGUUUGAGGGAAGAGCUUUUUCAACCUGGAAGAACUUUGCAAAUGCAAAGUGUGACUUGCUGGUCUUCUCUGGCGAUUGCCAACACUGCCACCCUUGAUCUAUUUCCUGGGACAAUGAGAAGCUGCAUCUUGAUGUUGUGAAUGUGUCUUGCCCCCUUGGACUUGGCUCUAGGGCUGCCCUACAGGGCAGAAAGGGCAAUACAGUGUCACUAGGUUCACAUGGUGGCUUUGUUCUGUGGAGGGGGAAGGGUUUUUCUACCUUCACGAGGCUGGACUGGACCCGUGAAGGGUACGUUUUCUCCUGCCAGCCUGAGAAUGUAUGGAGUGAUGCCCUCACUUCCCUCUGAAUCAUGGGAAAGGAAUAGAGGAAUUUGUUAUCCGCUAGUUCAACAACUCCCUAGCCCUGUGGGCACUAGAGUGCAGUUCUAGGGAGAUGCAGAAUCUUCCCCUUAAAAUCCCAGGCUGAUGCUCUUUUUUUCUCCUUGAUAUGCAUAGUAUAAAGGUACAGUGAGAAAUCCGUGCCUAGCUGGGAUGGUUUUGCCUGGACUCAGGGGAUGUUGGACUAGAUGGGUAUUAGGCUGCAAAUGUAAUAAGACAACCUUUAACAUGGCUUAAAUGUGUCUUGAAUUAGAGUGAAUGUUGCUGACUCCUGUAUAGCUUCACCAUCCAGCAUAAACUCCCCUCCCUGGAGCGAACCCACCUUGGGGCCGGGGCUCAGGGUAGUAGCACCUGCUGUACGCUGGGAUCUAGCAGGCACAGUGUUGAUGCCUCUGUAGCCCUUCAGAUUCUGGCUACAGUCAAGAUGCACGGUGAGUCUUCCAGGCCAUGUCUGGGUGGGGUGAAAGGGGAUGGGUAAGCGCAGCAUGCUGCCAGGCUGUACAGAGCCCAAUCUGCUGUGCAGGAGGAGGAGACAAUCUAGGGAGUGCAGUUAUUUGCUUUGCUCAUAGUUCUCGGGGUCUGGAGAUGCAUUUGACAGGCACCAAUAUGGAGUAAGAAGAAAGGGACAGAGUUCUGAUACCAGAGCAUUGGGGAAGGACUGAGGGGAGGGGAAGUUAAGGCAAAGGGAGUGUACCUGUAACCUGUCCCCCACUCCUUGGGAUCCCCUAUUCAUGUUUGGGGAUUAUCCGCAAAGCCAGCGAUAGACAUAUAGUAAAAACCUUUUGGAAAAAGGGCAAGAGGAGGAUGAUUCCACCUCAUGCUUUAGGAGGGCCCUAUGGUUUUCUGAACUGCCUGUGGCUGUGUGAAGACCUCUUCCAAGACCAAAUCCCUCUCCUUGGGUUGAACUCGGGAUGAAACUGGUUACAGGGGCCCCUGAAGAGCUGGAAAAUCUGGCAGCUGGGCCAAGGGCACUGCCACCAGCAGAGCUAAGACCACUGUGUCUUUUAGAGGUGGGUAUGUAGUUACACUAUACCCCAAGGAAUGUAGCACUGUGUGAGACAAAUUAAUAUCCAGUCAUGAGGGGGAGAGAGCCUCUUGCACUCCUAGGGAUGGGAGCUUUCUGCAAACCAAGGAAGUAGGCUUAUCUCUUACUCCAGCAGAGAAGCAAGGGGGAUUUGCUAUACUGCUGGGCAUUGCUAACAGCCACACAGCUGCCUCUGAGAGAUGGCUUGAAAUGCCCCUGUAAGCAUUACUUACAAGCCUUGGCUGAACAAACAGUUUAACUCAGUUGUCCAAGCAACUGGAACUUGCUCCCUGUCCCAUACUGAAAAACAGCUCCUUCCAAUUCCUCAGGGAGAACAUACACAGCUUAAUGCAGUAAACAUCUCCUCCAUCUUUUGACGAUGUAUAUCUGUUUCAUCUCCAUGCCCCCAGUGAUGCUUGUUACCUUUAUGUGGUUCCUCUUCCACUGCUCUGUCAGUGGGGCUGAAGCUUUUUCCAAAUGCCAUGUACUGAGUUUGUCUUUCUGUAUUAAACAUUUGUUGCAAUUUU